UACGUAGCAUACGUAGUGCGAACCUGCACACACCUUGGUGUUUGUUAUGGUUUGUGGUUUCACUGGUUUCACUUUGCAGCUUUCGCUUUGACAGCUUCGCAAUGAGCGUGGAAAAAGCCGCUGGAAAAGUGGAAUCGAGUACCGUAGCGCAAAUCAGUGAAGUUCUGGAACGAAAUGUACGUAUCGCGCUUCUCGAGCAAAGUGCUCUGUUGGAACAACUCGGUGAUAUGUGUAGAAGCAUUACCGACUUGGCUCUGAAAUCAACUACUAGAAGCAAAACGAGACGAGUUGUUUGUGAUAGAACGCAUCAGACUGGACUUGGCGCUUCGAAUACAGCACACUUUGUGGACCUUCUUGAUAAGCGUCUCAAAAGUAAAAAGCCUUCCGGAGUUGUGCCUGCCACCCUAAAAGGGAGAGCACUUGGUGAGAAGAUUUCAUCUGCCCGGAAAACAACAUUGCGAGGAAACUCAACAAAAAAAGAUACGUCGCCAACUCAAAGGGACGCUGAAAACUCUGAGCAUACAUUCAAAGCUGGACCCUUUCCACAUUGCAUCCUACGGACUACAGAAUAUCGGCUCAGGGAGCAGGCACGGGAGCAAGUCAGGAAGAUAUGCAUAAAGGCCCGUGCCGAGGAGAUGCUCAAGUGUUCCACCAUGCCGUUCAGUGACAGAGUGUUUGUCCACAAACGGCCAGCGGAUGGCGGAUCAGCCGACAGAAAGGCCAGACCCAGGUCGAGUGACCACAAGGACAGAGUCCGCCAGAUGCAUGAAGGGGCAAGGAUAACGUUGAGUGGAGCGUGUCACAGUACCAGGUGCAAAGCAGGUGCAAACCAAGAGGGUUCUGGGCACUUUAGACGUCCAGCGCCACCUAUCAUUCUACCAAGCAACUACCAGCUGAAUGCCACUGCACGGCUACGCCACCAAUAUGCGAUGGAGCGUCGAGCGGAAGAAAGGAAGCAACAAGAGCAACUGGAUCGUACGACGCAGCUGAGACAACGUCGAGAAACUCAACUUCAGAAGCAGCUGGUGAAGUCUAUGGCGCCCAACAACAAUGCCGCACAUUUCAAGAACAAGCUCGCGGAGCACCGCUUGACCGUUCUUGAGCGAGAUGAAGGAUACAAAGAGGAACUCAAGGAGAUGGAGGAACGCAUCCGAGGCAAACCCCUCCUUCUGGAGAAACAAGCACUAUACUCAGUCCGCCAACAGCUGGAGCGGAAGUACCAGCGUAAGCUGCAGGAGGUCGGACUCAAUGCAGACUUUCUGGAAAGGAAAGCGCUUCAUGCCAGGCCUUCUAGUUUGAGCAAGUCGGAGGACCCAGAAGAAAGGAGUCGAUCUUAUGGCCGUCAGAGUUCAACAACAGAGUUGAGUAACAGAGAUGAUGAUAUCACCGAGCAGGAAGAAUCUGCGUUUGUGUAAAGUGUCUUUGCCUUCAUGAAAUGGAACAGAGUAAAAAUAAAUUUGUCCUUAAUGUGG